UGCUGAAUUCCAAGAUCAAUUAUUAAUUUUUUUUCAUUCAGGUAUUUUUUUUUUCUAAAAAAAGGCGUCUCUUAAAUGAAAACUUUUGGCAUUUUUGCUAUUGGCUUCGUCUCUCUACGCUCAUACAGAGAGAGAAACAAUAACUCCGUUGCAGAAAAAGAAAAAAAAAAAAAAAAGUAAAGGCUUAGAGUAGUGAGUGGCACUGUUUGUGUUGGCAGCAGGCGCAAGUAGAAGUAGGGAGUGAGAGAAAAAGGCAAAGCCAAAGGCAAAUCACCCCAACUUGGCCAAUUAGGGCUCCGUCGGAAAGUGGCCCUAAAAAGAGCAAGUGAAGUGUUGAGAUGUGAGUUGUGUGAGAUUAUGGUGUGCUAGAGAAUUUUGGUAGAGAAAAUGGCAGCGGAGUCCAAUACUGGGUUUCGUCGGGAAGAAGCUUUGGGUUCUGCGCUCAAUCGGCACGCGAUAUCCUUUCAUUCUGAUGCAAUAAAUAAUUCAUCUGAGAUGAUUCCGAUAGGGAGUUACUUUGGGAUAAAUACUAGUACUAGUACUGUGAUGUUGCCAGGGAAUUCCAGCAUGAUUAAUAACAGUCCCGGAAUUCUUCAUGUUCCAGCUGUCAAUUCUUCUGCUUCUUCUCUUCUUCUUGAUUCUGCUCCUGGCCUCAAGCAUGAUACUGGCUUGGCUGUUGAGUGGUCUGUUGACGAACAAUACAAAUUGGAGGAAGGCCUUAACAAAUUUGCUGAUGAGCCAAGUAUUAUGAGAUACAUAAAGAUUGCAGCCACCUUGCCUGAUAAAACUGUACGUGAUGUUGCAUUGAGGUGUAGGUGGAUGACGAGAAAGCGAAGGAAAGCAGAGGAAUAUAAUUUGGGAAAGAAGGUCAAUAAUAGGAAGGAUAAGCUGGUGGAAUCAUCACCAAAGAUGAAUAUAUCUUCAGCUGUGCCACAGAGCAUACCUGUGUAUCCUCUAAUGAUGCACCAUGUAGACCACGGCGAACCCUUGUCUUUUGAUGGAAUAAGUGGUACAUCCAGGCAUCUCUUGGAACAAAAUGCUCAAGCUUUUAGUAAAAUCAUAGCUAACCUUUCAACGUUCAAGGAUAACAUUGACCUCUUUUGUCGCACAAGGAACAAUAUUACUGCCAUCCUGAAUGAUAUGAGAGAGAUGCCGGGCAUAAUGAGCCAGAUGCCACCACUGCCUGUAUCUAUUAACGAGGAUCUUGCAAAUAGUAUAUUACCAACUACAACUCAGUCAUUGAUGUUUGGCUCGCCUAGUGGGAUCCAACUGAAGCAAGAGCCAAGGUGCUGAUGGAGAGUUGUUGGGGCAAAUUCAAUUUAUCAGGUCCGUGUAAGUACCAUAAUUUUACUACUGUAAAUGCUAAGCAGUUUGGUAGGAGGCGGUGCCUCCUUUCGUGUACACAUACUCAUCACACUUACGGGUCCCACAAUGGAAAAAUUUGUAGAGAUCCCAUUUUUGGAACCUUAAAUGUUUACCUUGCUAGGUAUCGAAAUCGAACCAAAAGCACCAGAUAAUAAGUAUGCCGACUGUCCAUUGUUCCUGCACUCCAGGGAGAAUCUCUAACCAGAUUACUCUUUUUUUUUAGAUGAAUUUUGUGUUGAAGUUUCUUGUGUACAAAUUUGCAAAACAACACCUUGGAGUGGAAUAUUUGGUGCUUGAUUUAUAACUAUCUCUAGAUGUUCUUGGUAUCAUAUGUACCUAUUAGACCAAUACAAUACUUGAUGAUGUUUAUUUGCU